UCCAGCCCGGGACUCAGGGCUUUGUAAUGCUAAUGUCCGGCUAUAAAUAGGGCAGGGAGACCUCUCUGUGAUCACAAUUCACUCUGCUGUCCCAGAGAAGCACUGCUCUCCCUCCCUCCACUAGAAUGGCUCCUACCACCACCACAGACUUCCCUUGCUCUGCGCUCUCCACCAAAGACAAACACAAACUCAGGAAGCCGCUGGUGGAGAAGAUGCGCCGAGACCGCAUCAACAGCUGCAUCGAGCAGCUCAAAGCUCUGCUGGAGAAGGACUUCCAGCAGCAGGAGCCCAACGCCAAGCUGGAGAAGGCUGACGUCCUGGAGAUGACGGUGAUGUUCCUCCGGCAGCAGCUCCAGGCCCAGAGCGCCGCUCCGCACGCCGCCCACCGCCGCGGCUACGCCCGCUGCUGGAAGGAGACGCUCCACUUCCUGUCCGCCAACUCGGUGGAGGAAGUGGCGCUCCCUCGCCUCCCGGCCCUCCAGGCCGCCCAGAAGACGUGGGGGGGCGGCGGGGACCAGAGCCCCCCGUCUCCCCUGUCCUCCGCCCAGCAGCUCCACAGCCUGCAGGGCCCGGAGAAGCAGAGUCCUGGGGCCCCGAGGCCGGUGUGGAGGCCCUGGUAGACCCCCGGACCCCCUCCCUCACCCUGGAUGGAUGUUCUCCGUUCCAAACGCUGUUCAGGAUAUUCCUGAUUCUAAGGACUAGAUGUGGGCGAGGUGUCGCGGACACUGAGCACCUUCUAACUGUGGUUUGUUAACUUCUUUGAGAAGUUUGUGUGCCUUUACAAUGUAAAAGGUUACCGUUUAA